CGAGGGUCUGCUAGAUUCGUAGCCGGUUCGAAAUACAAAAAGAAAACAUGCUGCUUCCUCAUGCGCAACGUUCUGAACCAUAUGAGAUUGUCAACAAGGAAAGAGGUAAACAUAUUCGAUUUGCCUGUACUGACUGUGCAUGGGUGUGCUGAGUGUGGUGUUUUUAAGAUUAGAUUUUGUAAGUAUACAUUUUGUAUAAAGUAGUUUAUCGGCGAAUUGAAUUUUAGCAGUGCAUAGCCAUCGACAAUUGAUGCGGCGUCUCGUGGACAAUAUUUACAUUGAACAACGCAUAAAUUCUAGAAGAUAAAAUGGACAGAGCUGUACCUGGAAACGGGUGCUUGUAACUUCGUGUGCAAUAAUUAUUCGCACAUUUAUUGAGAUUUUAGUUGGAAAAUUCGAUGCAAAAGAGUCAUUCUGCAAAAAAACCGACUUGAGGAGGUCAGUUGUCCUAAAGCGAACUUCUGACAUAGCAUCAAUCUAUCUAGCUGUGGAUAAAAUAGCUUGUACAAAAUCGAUACCCAAAAACGUGAUCAUUAAAUAUUCCCUGGUCACCCAAAGGUAGCUGUUCCUAAUAAACUGUGCCAAUUUGAAAAUUGUAAUUUGUGUAGAUAAAUACAUUUUAGUUGUUUAUACACUGAUACUCGAGAGUUUCCAUGGCUCUGGGAUUCGGCAUCGAACCGUUAAGCCUUCAACAAGAUUUUUUGAUAUGAUGAUAUUAGUUGCGUCCAAAGCGGUCUUCUUGUGUGGUCUAAAUGUUUUAAUAAUAAUGCAUAUGAAGUCCUAAUCUAAAGGUGAAAAAAGAUAUUUGAGCUGUGGGUCUAUUGCUCUCGGUUACUGCAUUUGUUAGAUAGCCUUCUCACACUUUCAGGUGUUCAAGGUAACUGAGCGUUUUCUUCGAUCCAGAGGAUCGCUUUUUCCACUGAUUCGAAUGUUCCGCACAUGUUCAAGUAGGCCGAGAGAUAAAGAAAAAAUCAAACUAUUUGAGUAACCGGUUUUGAAAAAUGUAUACCAAUCGUUUUUUUUUUUCAUAGGUCAUAGGUAACUGAAAAUUCUGAUAGUGCAUCAUCCAAGCUGGAAUUUCGCACACACUAAUGUCUCAAGCACGAAUCGUCGUUCAUCGUUCCGAGGAGGGGGAAUCCUAUCCGCCAAAGGAUGCUCGGAUGUCAACAUGGCCUUCGACGGUCGUGUAUGAACACAACUAUGGUGUAACGUACCAUCCCGUGGAACCCCUUGUAAAACAAACAGUUCAAAGCGUUUCUGUGCCAGUUCAGGAAAACAAUAUUCUUACCCCAAACGAAGUGACCCACUUUCACAAUGAAAGCAAUAGAAUGUCCACUUUCCCUGUUGAGAGUGAAGCACCACUUGCUUUCCUCUAUCGGGUGAAGCGUUUUAAUCCCAAGGGCGGGUCACUCUGCAAUCUCCGAUGGUGGUGCGACGCCUACGGCCCAUAUCAGCUCGACGACGGGACGGGCGAACAUGGUCUUGGCCCAUUUUGGAUGCAGGCUGAGUCGCCGAGUAAUCCAUUCAACGUGGCGUGUCCUAGAAGUGCCAAUAAGGCUAACCGAUGUCCAGCUCGAGUCAGCUUGAAAGCCGAUGGAACCUUCCAUAAAAGACGUCAUUUCCACAACCAUCCACCUGAAAAUGAGAUGCCACCGCCCCUCGAGGGUGAAUUGCAACUGCCCGCACUUCUACCGUCUUACGAUCAGGUGGCCGCGAGCGUCAUAACUACACGUGUCCAGAAAGCACACAGAGGUGAAACUACUUCUAGUACAUUAGACCAGCAGUAUCAGCGAAGCGAACCGCAAUCUCAGCAACAAGCGAUUGUCCAGUUGUGGGACGAAGGAGCCAAACAAAUGACCGAGUUGGCAGUCACGGACAAGAACAUUCCGAAAAUCGCUGAACUUGCGCAAGUCGUCCAGGAAGAUGGAGUAAAUGUUAUUCAGUGCCCUCUUACUCAAUGUAACCGAAGCGUCGGAAAUCGUUCUGCUCUACAUAAGCACCUUAAUACGCAUCUUCACGAGUAUCAACGGCGAAGUACAUCUAGUCGUGGCUGUGACGACAAAUUGUGUCCACUAUGCCGAAGUAAAAAUGAUUCUUACGAAGAUCUUAUUAAUCAUAUUGUUAACGACCAUGAUACGCGCCUAGAAUGCACGGAGCACGAAUUUGAAACAAUGUGGGAUUUCAAACAAUGGAAAGAAAAAGUCGAACAAGAAGACGAAGCCAUGUUUCAAUUGGGAAGAUGGGGCGCUGGACACUACAGUUGCAGUCGUGGUGGUACGAAGACUGUGAAGUCCAAUCGACGACCUCGAUUAGGUUUUGAAUGUCCAGCAGCUAUUGUGGUACACUCUAACAAAACUCACGGCCAACCCAGCCGCAUACAGGUUACCUACUGGCGAACCCAUAUAGGUCACGCACCUAGUCUAGUGGAUAUUCGUAUGCCAAAGGAACACGUCGAAUGGAUCGUGUCCCUUCUCAAGAAUGGUCAUUCAAUCCGUUCGAUUAUUGCAUACGGCGCAAGCCAGUAUCUUGGGCCACCGUUGAGCAAAAUCCAUAUGCUGACUGAACGAUACCUUCGGUACGUCAUCAACGACGCCAUGGCCAGUGCGGAUAAAAAGAAAACAACACUGAAGUGCCCAUCUGAUCCACCUAAAGUCUACGAAUACGGUAACGUCGACCAAUUGAGAGUUGCCUUGGCAGGGAUAAUUCACGACGAAAUGAUACGUGAAGAUGAGGCACUGCGAUUAGCAGAAGAGGCAGCUUUUCCACAGGAGACAGGGCAGGUCACUGGAAAACGAAAGCGGCGGUCGACCAAAUGUGUCCUCGAUAAUGAUGAGGCCGAUCAGUGGACGCGGGGACCUGCAAGGCAUAAUGAUAAAUGCUUGACGGCGUACGAUGUGCUUGAACACACGGAAUCGGGCAGGUAUCAGGUACUAGGUCAUGGAUAUAAAUCCAUUCAUAAAGGCGAACAACCAUCAACUGUGGUGGUUUUUCCUAGAAAAUCGAGCCACGUGUCAUGUGAAAGGAAGUGUCCUCAGUGCCAAGUUUGUGUACACCGAUAUGGCUGCACAUGUCGUUGGUACAUGAUGCAUAGCCGAAUGUGCGCACAUAUUCAUCGGGUUGCGAGCUUGAAAGGUGCUCCGUCUUCAGAAUAUGUCGACCCAACGGUCGCGGGGGCAGAUACCCUGGGCUUGCAGGAAGCUCUGAAUCGUUUACAGAAUCUUAAUCGGCGUGAAAGACUUAAGCCGUUAGAGCCUCUUAUUAACGAGCUCUUUCAACUCAUGAAGAGCGACCAUGGUGUCCAUCCCGAUGAGUUGGAGUCUUAUGUUCGUCAAGGCAUAGAAAUGAUGCGCCGUUACCGACCCAUACAACUCACCCGUGAUGACGAAGCGCUUCGGGGAAUCCAGCCUCUUAAAGCGACGGAAGCUCGUCUCUUUUUGCGCAAUCGUCACCCAGAGCAAAAGCGGUACAAGAUUCUUGCGACGAACUGGGAUAUCGACCCAAAGGUGAGAGGUUGCAAAGGUGGCGUUAUGGUCCAGAUUGAUGGUGUUUUUAAGCUGAUUCCGACCUGGAAGGCAAGCUCGAACACUACACGAGCCCUAAAUAGUCGCAUGGAUAACGCUUCGGUUUCAAACUCUGUAAGAACAAGUCAAGUGAUGCCUAACAAUAGUAAUCCUUCAACUGCUCCAGCGACAUCUUCAGACGAAACAACAACAGUUUACCAGUCGCAGGCUGUAACGAUGACGACAUCUAAGGAAGUGGCAAAAUGCUCAUACGUCUCAAGGAAUCCUUUAAAAGAAUCAACUGAGAAGCCAACUCGAAGGAAGCGAGCUGGAUCUAGACAGUCCGACACGAGUGAAGAUAGUGCCCGGCCAUCAAAACGACCAACGUUGCAGAGCAAAAAGGAGCGGCCGCUGCCAGCUUUAAUGGCAUUGUCAGACAGCCUAACUGCCCAUGGUCCCUCAGACAGGAUUCUGCAGCCACAGUCCAGCCAAAGAAAGGUAGUCGUCGUGAAGAUUGCAAGAGUUGGGGGCGAACAUCCGGAGGUGAAUCCCUCCACGUCUUCAGCUCUGCAUAUCUAUCCUGAAUCGACGAAUGUAACGCAAGCACUCUCAUUGUCAAACAUAGAAUCUGCAGGUGAACACAGAAAAGCUACUUCUAUAAGCAUCUGUGUGGCCAAGAACCCGGCUUCAAGCGGAGAAAUUGAAAUGUCAUCAGUUGACACGACCCUACGAACUUCACGUGCUAAUCUCGGAGGACCAGCAGUUUUUGGGACACAGUCCAGUAUGAUAGGAUCAGCUCACAUAAUUGUCGAAGGAACCCCUUUGAUGGCAUCGGGCAAUCAACUGUUAGAACCCAGCGAAGAGGAACGACGAAAUGGCGUCGACAUGUUUGUGGCUCAGUUGUAAUCUUUAGGAGACAUACUUUCUUAUGCUAAACAAUGUGACAAAUCUUGUCUAGUAUCUAAAUAUGUGGAGUAAUAAUGUAGUUAAGCAAUUUAGCACGUUAGUGAAAAUGCUGGGUGCUACAUAGAAAUAACAAAAAUUUCAUUGUAGAUAUGAAAAGAUCGGCCUGCAUCUUCUACAGUUAGUGUAAAGUAUGAAAAGAGCGGCUUUCAACAACCUUUUGUAGAGAAGAAAGUGGACUUGGAUGGCCACUUCUGUUGUAGCGUGAACAACGUUCGUACAAACAUAAAGCGUUUUAGCAUAAAAGCGCACUGCUUUUAGUGAAUGGAGUGACCUGACGUUUUCGUAACUACUAUGGUGACAAGGUUCUGUAUAGUACAUAACACAGGCAACUUACCUUGAAAACAAAGUGCUUUCAAAAGUGCCGUGUUGCAUCUAUUUGCAUGUUAAGUCUUGUAAGGAACAUCGCAAAUAUCACACUAUUGAACAUCUCAUGUUUACUUUUGACUGGAAAUGUGAAAUAUUUCAUCUGUUUUUGGUAAUCAAUGCGGACGUACUGUCACACUAACAGUAAGCAUCGAUGAUAUGUAAAAUCGAUGAAUUUGGUUCCAUAUGUUAAUGCGGAAUAUAGUUAAAACGCCAAAACGUAUAUGCAGUCAGUUUCACUAAAAAAUGAGUCAUUUUCAACAGUUCUAGAGGAACAGACUUAGGUUAGAAUAUCAAGCGACCAUGAGCUUCUUUCAGGUUGGAUCUAAGUCAGGUUGAUAUGCUUGUGAUAAAUAUCUUCUACAAAAAAGUAUGUUUGACACUAUGAUGUUGCAAAGCUUUUUUAUUAGCUGUACAGCCCGAAAAAAAUUAUAAAUCUUAAAGUCAUCAUGUACAUAUGAACGCGCCCUUUAGCUUUCCUGGUUGUCUUUCUGUGAGUGUCACACAAUUAUCCAUAUUAUUGUGCAUAUUGAAAAUCGGUAUUGUACGGCCAUAGAAUUAAGCCAUGGGCAAUAGCAGUGGUAAACUAUUGCUAACGCUUUUUUUGCAUCCGUUAGCUGAUUUUGUAUAAGAGGAGAGUGGUAUAGGCUUUUAAUGCAUUUUGGCUCAGAAAUAUGGCUUGUUUAUGAGCCUAAUGCACCUCAGCCGAUGAUACCUUGGCUCGUGAAAAACCCUUCGUGUAAAUAGUCGGAACUAGACAAUUCGCCUCAGACUCAUUUUUGCAUUGUACAUAAACCCUGUAAUAUGCCAAAUCUACAGCAGCCAACUAGUGUCACACUGUCAAAUAAUGUUCGCUUGAUUUGUUUGUCACCUAUUAAUCUCCUCAAAGCUAAAAUCACUUUAGUAUAGAUGACUUCAGUGGAAUCUGUUUAUUGAGGUAAUUGGUCAUUGUUUACACAAACAAUUUUUUGCGACAGUGUUGCAGCAUUUAAUUAUGUUACUUCCUAUUGUUGCAUUUUUGCAUGAUAUAUUCGUUAAAAUGACGCAGACAUUAUUUUAGAUUAUCUAAUGGUUGAUUCUAAUGAUGACCCAUCACGUGGCGUGAGAACCAACAGAUACUUGUAGAUUGUAGCUUACGUUUCGGCCAAUAUUAAUCAAAACUAUGCUCUCUAAUUCCUAUUCUCAUAAUCUGAAAAUAUUUUAGGUAGUAGAUAUUCGCUGUGGUCCAAAUUAAACAAGGAAGCAGCUGAUUUAUUUUAUUCUGAAAUUCAGGAAUCUAACUUACUUCUCAAAAAAGUUUCAACUUCCUUUAUCUAUCAUGGUAUCAUCACAUCAAUGGAAUGUGUGUGCUAAUGUUGUAAUUAUAGAGGCGUGCUUCAAAAACGCCAUCCGCAGUGAGUGUUUAACUGCCACAUUGACACUCAGAAGUUUCAGCCCUGCAAGGAAAAAACUAAGUUCAGCGGAAAUAAAAACUUAAUACUUUAAUUACAGGAAAUGUUUUUCUAAUAUGUAGCU